ACAGUAGAAAACCAGGUGUGUCUUGUACAUUGAAGUCGUUUUUAUUAUUAUUAUUAUUGUUCUUCUGAACAUAACAUACUAGUUAUUCCGAGAAUUUUGAAAUUGAAAUCCGAAGAAAUGGCGAAAGCAAAAAAGGUAUUGGAAGAAGCAGUGGAAUCGAAUAUUUUGGAGAUAGAUCUAGUUGAUAGAAACAUAAGUUUAUUCGAAGAAUUACCAGGUAUAUUAGAUAUGAAUCAUAUCACAAGAUUGACCCUCAGUCAUAACAAAAUAGCUGCUGUACCACCUGGUCUUGCCAAUUUGACAAACUUGGAGAUUUUAACACUUUCGAAUAACAUAAUUGAAGAACUACCACUAUCAUUGUCUUCAAUGCCCAAGUUGAGAAUACUGAACCUUUCAAUGAACCGUUUAUAUAACUUGCCCAGAGGAUUUGGUGCUUUUCCAGUUCUUGAGGUUCUCGAUUUGUCCUAUAAUAAUUUAAGUGAAAAAACUUUACCUGGGAAUUUUUUCAUGAUGGCUACACUUCGAGCAUUGUACUUGGCAGAUAAUGAUUUUGAAUAUCUCUCAAGUGACAUUAAAAACUUGAAGCAACUUCAGAUAUUAGUUUUGCGAGAGAAUGACCUGAUUGAGCUGCCGAGAGAGAUUGGUGAAUUAACUCGUUUGAGAGAACUCCAUAUUCAAGGAAAUCGUCUAACAAUACUGCCUCCAGAAGUUGGCAAUUUGGAUAUGACCUCAAAUAAGUCAGUUUUCAAAUUUGAAGGCAAUGAAUGGGUAAACCCUAUCAAGAAACAGUUAGAACUUGGUUUGAGUCAUCUGGCGGAAUUUUUGAAGAGUGAGCAGUAUAGGAUAUUGUUCAACAGAUAUUCAACCAAUAAGCCUCCAGUUCCUCCUCCUUGUGUUGAUAAAGCAAAGAAAAUUUCUAGAAUUCGCUGAAGAAAUUCUCAUUUUGUAUUGUGGUUGGUGCUUGUUUUUAUCACCAAAUGUUCAGUUCUUAUAUCUACUUAUAAUUAAUUUUUUAGAGUAAAUCCUUCUAUAUCUUAUUUUUGUAAUUCCACUAAAAAAUUCAUUGUUGAGAAUCAUUUCCCCCUUUUUUAAUAAGUGGAAAUAUCGAUUGCUUAGUCAUGGAUUCAAAAUUUGUAUUACUUUACUUACAAAUAUUAAUAUUCCUGACUACCAGACAAUUCUCUUGGAUAGCUUAGAUCUAUUUGCCUUAUGUACUAAUAUUUUGCCUUAGAGAUGAUUGUGCCUUAUAUUGAAAACCCAGACAAUUUUAUAACAAAUGAUUAUUUUUAUAUCUGUAAAAUAAGAUUUUAUUGUUGAUUUAAUAUUCAGUAUGAUGCUUGAACAUUAAACUAGUCAUUUUACCAUA